CGGCUGUACAGGACCCCACAUGGGUCGCUGCCUGAGCGGGGGAGGGGCAGAGUCCGUGAGUGCCGUGUUCCCUCCAGGCUCCCGUCACUCAGUCACACCGCGCUGCGCUGCUCGUCCAGCUCCCAACCCGGACCGCGGAGCCGACUGCUGCCUUGCCCGCCUUAUACAGAAAUGCUCCGUUUAUCAACAGUACUACGUCAGAUGAGGCCAGUGUCCAGAGCACUGGCCCCACACCUACUACGGACCUAUGCAAAAGAUGUUAAAUUUGGAGCAGAGGCUAGAGCUCUUAUGCUACAGGGAGUAGAUCUUCUAGCAGAUGCUGUAGCUGUCACCAUGGGACCAAAGGGUAGAACAGUGAUUAUUGAACAAAGCUGGGGAAGUCCCAAGGUAACAAAAGAUGGUGUGACAGUAGCCAAGGCAAUUGACUUGAAAGACAAAUACAAAAACAUUGGAGCCAGGUUAGUUCAAGAUGUUGCCAACAACACAAAUGAAGAGGCAGGAGAUGGAACUACUACUGCAACAGUACUGGCGCGUUCCAUUGCCAGGGAGGGCUUUGAGAAAAUCAGCAAAGGAGCUAAUCCUGUGGAAAUCAGGAGAGGUGUGAUGCUAGCAGUAGAUGCUGUCAUUGCUGAACUAAAGAAACAGUCCAAACCUGUUACAACUCCAGAAGAAAUUGCCCAGGUUGCUACAAUCUCAGCAAAUGGGGACCAGGAAAUCGGCAACAUAAUCUCUGAUGCAAUGAAAAAAGUUGGACGGAAGGGUGUUAUCACAGUUAAGGAUGGAAAAACCCUGAAUGAUGAGUUGGAAAUCAUUGAAGGUAUGAAGUUUGACCGAGGCUACAUCUCACCAUAUUUCAUUAAUACAGCCAAAGGACAAAAAUGUGAAUUCCAGGAUGCUUAUGUCUUAAUCAGUGAGAAGAAAAUUUCCAGUGUUCAGUCCAUAGUUCCAGCUCUUGAAAUUGCCAAUGCUCACCGUAAGCCUUUGGUCAUUAUUGCUGAAGAUGUUGAUGGUGAAGCUCUCAGUACUCUAGUCUUGAACAGAUUAAAAGUUGGUCUUCAGGUUGUUGCUGUAAAAGCACCGGGUUUUGGUGACAAUAGAAAGAACCAGCUUAAGGACAUGGCAAUUGCUACUGGUGGUGCUGUAUUUGGAGAAGAGGGUUUGGGUCUCAAUCUAGAAGACAUUCAGCCUCAUGACUUUGGUAAAGUUGGUGAGGUCAUCGUGACAAAAGACGAUAGCAUGCUUCUGAAAGGGAAGGGUGAAAAGGCUCAAAUUGAAAGGCGUAUCCAAGAAAUCAUUGAACAAUUAGAAGUUACUACAAGUGAAUAUGAGAAGGAGAAACUAAAUGAACGACUGGCCAAACUCUCUGAUGGAGUAGCAGUACUAAAGGUUGGUGGCACAAGUGACAUUGAGGUGAAUGAAAAGAAAGACAGAGUUACUGAUGCACUGAAUGCUACUCGUGCUGCCGUAGAGGAAGGUAUAGUUCUAGGAGGUGGUUGUGCAUUGCUUCGAUGCAUCCCAGCACUAGAUGUUUUAACGCCAGUCAAUGAAGAUCAAAAAAUUGGCAUAGAAAUCAUUAGGAGAACACUGAAAAUUCCAGCAAUGACUAUUGCUAAGAAUGCAGGUGUUGAAGGAUCAUUGAUAGUUGAAAAAAUCAUGCAAAGUCCACCUGAGAUUGGGUAUGAUGCAAUGCUUGGAGACUUUGUAAAUAUGGUAGAGAAAGGAAUCAUUGACCCUACAAAGGUUGUAAGAACUGCCUUGAUGGAUGCUGCAGGUGUUGCUUCCCUCUUAUCCACAGCAGAAGCUGUAGUUACUGAAAUUCCUAAAGAGGAAAAGGAAGUGCCCGUAGGCGGAAUGGGUGGAGGAAUGGGAGGUGGUAUGUUCUAAUUCCUGGAAUACUGAAACAUCAUGAACUGUGAUGGUUGAGACUGACAGUUUGCUAAAAACUUCAGAAGUCAGUGUCAGGGGUGGAUAGUGACUGAAGUGAGGCUGGUGUUUAAAAGAAUCACUGUAACCAUUAGUUACUGGAUUUAAUUUAACCGAUGUAACUGUUUAGUCACUGUCCAUGCCUACAGAUAAUUUAUUUUGUAUUUUUCAAUAAAGACAUUUGUACAUUCCUGCUACUGGGUGCAAGAUCCACAUGCCAACGUUCUGCUUUAAAUUUAAUCAAUUAAGGCACUUGAAAUUCUGUUUAAUCAGAAUUUAUUGGUGCUUACCACUACUAGGAAAAGUUCAGAUGAAACCAUUGUGUGCAAGACUUAAAAAAAAAAUUGUACAAAGACAAAUAUACAAUUAUGUGACAACCUCUAUAAUAAAAGAUUGUUCAAAGUUAUGAAAUGUAUUACCUUAUUCACCUGUCUACAAACCUUUAACAAAAAUCAAACCUAAUGAUACAGGGAUCACAUUUAAACUCUGCUAGAAGUCUGACCUUUAGUGCUGGGAAGGGAUGGAGUAUUUGUUUAAGAAACAAUCCUCCCUUCAAUUGAGAGUGAGUAUAGACCAUGGGUAGUUUUGAUGUUAUAAAAUUCUGGUGAGAAACAUAUCCAAGCUUAACUGACAGUUAAGAAAAAUUAAUCUUAAAUUUAAUGCAGUUGAAAUAGUAAGCUAUGGACACGGACUUGUCACUCUUCCUAUUGAGUACUAAUUCUAUUUCAUGUAUUGGAUCCUUUUACCAGCAGUGUUGGGAACAUUGUUUUGUGAAGGUAUGAAAGCAUAAAUUGCCUGAGAUUAUUUUAAGAAAAGGAAUCUUGUGUGUCUACAGAAGAAUUAGCAGGUCUUGUAAAAAGUAAAUUAGUACCCCUGUGAUUGAAGACUAACAAUUUUGUAUGACCAGACAUCUACUGGAACAUGGAGAGAAGGAGAUUUGUCACUGUUUAGACAUAUUGGGUUGUGUAUAUUUAACACCUGAAGUUAAAGAAUCAGACCGCUGCAGCUGCCUGAAGAAUGUUGUAACUCAUGAUGUCCUCCAAGGAAAGUGAGUUUUCCUUCAGUUUAAAGUUUGCAGAGGGCCAGAAGUCUUUAGUUAGUCUCAUGG